GUCAGCCUGCGAAAUCUUACCCGUACUCACUCUCGCCACAAGUGUUAAUAACACUGGCUGCAGACCAAUGAGACAAACCAGCUUUAUUAUCACAAAUGAGGUGCAAAAGCGUAAUCUUUGCUUGCUGCUCCGCUGGCUAGGACGACGGCAACCGCAGUCACUGCGCAGAUGACGGCGCUCCCGGUGAUCCUCUUUCAACUCACAUGUCACCGAGAUCAGCGAGCUAGGGGUUUCCAGAUCCAGCUGACCUGUAAGCUGUGCCGAGAGAGCCACAAAACUCAGGUGUGGCUUUGUUUGUUAGUUCUGAGCCUCUUGAGUACGCCUACAUGUGCCAAUUCUGUGAGUGAAGCAGGGGAUCUACAGAUAUGUUUGAACAAUCUGAUUCAUAAUGUGAAGAAAUCUGAUGCUAUGCUCUACGCUCCAAGAAUUCAAGACUUUCCAGAUUUCUGUACAAAGACGGUGCUGAAAUGUUACAUGUUGGAGUUGAUAAUGGUCCUUCAUGAGGAAGAAAUUAGGGAUGAUUCAGUGAAUUGUGUCUAUGAUUUCAAUGAUAAUCUGCAAACAACUAUUGUUGGGUGUCCAGCAUGUGAAACGUACACGCUUCAAAAUAUUACAACAUUUAUGGACAGACUAAUGGACCUUUUGCAAAAACUCAACUCUACAUAAUAUUAUAUAAUAAUGUAAAUACUGUAAACUAAUGUGCAUUUGUGUAGAUUUGUAAAUAACUGUUUUUAUCGCUUAUGUUGCUACCAUACGUAAUAAUAAAUUAAAGAUGUAUUUUAUUCUAUAGGCUGAUGACACUAAAUGUAAUAUGGCAUGUCAGUGCUACACAUCUGGUCUAUUUGUUUUUAAACAUGCUGUCAGUGCCACAGCUUUUAGCUAUACUGUAUAUACAUAAUGUUAUCACACUGCUAUACACUACUGAAUAAAAUGUUGU